AAAAGCUAGACACAAAUCCAUAGCACCGAAACAUAUAAGGAGAGAGAAAGUGUGCGUGUGUUUGUGCCAGUGAGAUAAGAGACUUUGAUAGAAUCAUAAAAGCUUAAAUUUUUCUUGGUCUUUGUGGGCUUGAAGUAAAUGGGUGUUUAGUAUUUACCCCUUUUUUUUUUUUUUUUUUUUUUUCUCUUUCUCUAUGUGUUCUAUUCUAUCAUUAUUUUCCUUGAAAUCUAACUUGAAAGAUCGUUUCUGGGGUGUGAGAAUUUCAAAGUCUAUUGGUGUUUCUGAACUAAAUCUGGUGAGAUAGAAGAAGUUCCCUUCUUGCACCGAUGAGGAUCCGGAAGAGACAAGUGCCUUUCCCCCUCUCGCCGGUGACUCUCUCAGAUCCCAACCGGAUCAACCGGUCACCGGUUUUGUUGCAACUCAACAAUGCUACCACCACCUCACCAAAACCUUUUUGCACUUAUGGUUCGGCUACUGCACCAAUACCCCUCUUGGAUCGUUCUCAGCCGUCUGAUCAGCCACUCCCACCGAUCGGGAAAACAUCCGACGGCUAUGAUGAUUCCUCCGGUUGUGAGGGUGGGGCACACCAGAACAAGCAAGACUACUAUAUGGUGGAAGAUGAGGGAGUAGGGGGACAGAAGGGCAACGAUACCAGGAAAGAAGGCAUCUUGUGUGGGUCUUUCUCACCGCCAAGCCCUUCAAAACAAGAUAUGAGAUGGUGCGAGGGAGAGAAAGCUUUUCCACCGAAGAAACGAAGAGGGAGCUUGAUAGAGAAUAGCAACAACAACAACAACAAUAAUAAUACUAAGAGAAAGAUGAAGUUGAAGAUGAAGACAAAGUUGAACAAGAAAUGUUCAGCACAAGAUGAUGAUACUAAAGAAGGGGAAGAUAACAAUGCAGAAGAAGAGGAAAGAGAAACAAAACCUGAUGUGAACGUUGGUAAUAAGAAGAGGGUAAGGGGUGGUGCACUCAUGGAAGGUUCACGGUGCAGUCGUGUGAAUGGGAGAGGAUGGAGGUGCUGUCAACAAACCCUUGUGGGUUACUCAUUGUGUGAGCAUCACUUGGGUAAGGGAAGGUUAAGAAGCAUGACAAGUGUAAGAAGCAGGUCUAUUGCUACAACCACUACUAUUGCACCAAGGAACAUGCAAACCAAGUGUGUCAAUGAUUCCUUGGACAAUGAUAGUGAAGACAAUGACGAGAAGAAGCCAGUGAUGAAUACAAAGAAGAAGAUGAAGCUUGGAAUAGUAAAAGCUCGAUCCAUAAGCAGCUUGCUUGGACAAACAAAUAAUGAAAUUACUGUAGCUGAUGAGAAUAACAAGUAAGGCGAAAACUAGGU